GUGGCGCGCGCCACCAAUGACGCACCCGUGACGUCAGAACGGAAUCGCAAAGACCCCAGUAGGGCAAUCGCCGGAUCCCUGAGACGUAUAUAAACGUGUACCCUGUGCGCAUCAACUCCGUCGGCUUCCAAGGGGAAGCCUGGCCAGCGAGCGGAUUUCGGGGCAUCAAAAGUCUUAACGGCGCAUAAAUGGCCGCAGCCGGCGUGCCAAAGUUGUACCGCAGCGUCAUAGAAGAUGUCAUCAACGGGGUCAAGGACAUCUUUCUGGAUGAAGGUGUCGACGACCAGGCUCUGCAGGAGUUGCGACAGAUUUGGGAGAAGAAGCUUGUUGAGUCAAAGGCCAUCGACCCGCCCGAGCACCCGCUGCCCAUAGCUGCGGUGCAGCACAAUGCCCGGGCCACGGCGCAGUCGGUGACGCACCACGCCGCCGCAACCACCAUGCUGCAGCAUCAGACGCAACAUCAGCAGCAACAGCAGCAGCAUCAACAUCAGCAACAGCAACAGCAGCAGCAGGUCAACGCCGGGAAUCAACUUGCUGCAGCACAAGCCAUUGCACAUCAACUGACGAUUGGGCCCAACGGCAUUGUCCAGCCCACUGUUCUGCAGUAUCACUCCACGACGACUGCCGGAGGGAAGUUCACCAUCACAUUACCAGCGCAGACGCAACACGGAAUGCAGACCGUCAUGUCAACCCCUGCCCAGGCCGCGGCACUGGCCCUCCACCCGGACGUGGCAGCCAGUCUGCUUCAGGGUGGAAUGCUGAGCAUGACCCAGGCCGGAGCCAUCCAGGCCGCUCAGAGGGCGGCGGCCGGCGGCAUGGGCAAUGCGGGUGCAGUGGGGGGCCUCCAGUUCCACCAGGUGAUGAAACCAAUGGGAGACCAGCAGCAGCACCAGUACACGGUGGUGACCACGGGCGGCCAGCCGGUGGUGACCACCACGGCCUCGCCCAGCACCGUCACCACCGUGCUGGCACCGCCACCCUCCACCACCACGAGCCAGCCCAACCAGGUGAUCCAGCUGGACGGGGCCAACGACACGAGCGACGAGGAGGAGGAGGAGGACGAGUUCCAGGACAACGAGGAGGACAAGGAGGACAAUGAUGACGACCAAGCAGACGAGGACAACGAGGAUGAGGGCGACGAGGAGGUGGAACCCCUCAAUUCGGACGACGACGUUUCCGACGAGGAGGCCACGGAGAAUUUCGAGAUCGACAAUGUGGUCGUAUGCCAGUACGACAAGAUCUCACGGAGUCGCAACCGUUGGAAGUUUCACUUCAAGGAUGGCAUCAUGAACCUACAAGGGAAGGACUACGUAUUCCAGAAAGCCGUGGGUGACGCAGAGUGGUGAAAGACGAAACAAGAAAGGACGCUUUCAGGCUGUGACAAAGGGGUGCCCUUCGGACAAACGACCGCAAAGCAGGAAGUUGUUGACAAUGCCCAAAGGAAGGAACAGUGGUAGAUGAGUGCAGCCGUUAUUCUCUUUCGUACGGGCGCGCACUGGCUGGCCGACGCUUUGCGCCCGUUUAUUGCAUCUCGUUGACAAGCACAAUCAAUGUGGGACCGAAGUGUGCAGCUUUGUUUCUUUGUUCGAUCCUUGCACGUGAAAAGCAGGCAACGUUUUGUCUGUUGGACAUAGAAAGAUUGAAAAGUUGUCUGCUAAGGCAGGCAUCGUCUGCUACAAAAGCCGUCUGCUGCGGUGGCCGUCCGCUGCAUUCGGAAAACAUGAUUUUCUAAAGGAUGUUUGCAAUGUUUGUUCUACGGUUUUGAAUUCUUUGAGGUUUUUUUUUUUUUAUUAUUAUUAUUAUUGUGUUUAUUUUUAAGCGCUCUACUGUGAUGGAGGAAGUUUAUGUGUGGUUACAUUUCUACUGAAGACAAAAGAUUAAAUUCAAAGGAACGCUGGAAGUUCCAGAAUUCAGACUGGUGGAACUUGUUCUUGAGUGGCAUUAGUGUACAAUAUUUUCUUUUGUGGUUCGGGGAAAAGAUGGAAGUUGACAUUCAUGCAUAAGUUAAUUUUUGUUUUUGUUGUGCCGGGUCAAGUCGGGAUAUAAACUAAUUUUGGAGGGGAUUAUGCUUAGCCACUUGCAAUCGAGUGCAGGAACAGGAAAUAUCGUCUGCUUUUUGUUUUGUACAUAGAUCAACAUAAACCGUUUUAGGGACCCUUGGGUGAACUGGGACGAGUUGGAUUAGAUUGUUUUAGUGAUGAUUAUUAUUACUUUUUUUUAAUGAGGUAAUUAAUUGAAAAUUGCUCAUCAAAUAAAUCACGUGAAUGAUUUCGA